UUUCUGAAAAGUUAUUACGAGUUAUUUAGGUGUUUUGACCUGCAACUAGUAAUAUGCAAAACCAUUAAUCAAAAUGACGCAAACCGUUGUCGAACUGCACUGGUUUCCGAAGUAUUCGGACCGUUUUUUGACUGUUUCCGGAUCGGAAAUCAAUCUGUACCAGGUGAAAAAUCGGGAACUGAUUGAACAUGGAAUCAAUAGCAACAUCAAUAUGAACAUCUCCAAAACCAUCACUGCCACUUUGAUUGCCUUCGAGACGCGUUAUCAAUUUAUACGUUCGGUAGCACCAUCUUACCACUCGAAUGGGGAGAUUUUGUUUGCAGCUGGCUUGCCAAACGGAAAGGUUGCACUGUGCAAUUUUGCAACCGAAAACAAUGUUGAAUUUACUCCGCGCGUUGCACGUCCCUGCACUUGCAUUGCCUGGAGCGAGCUAGAACCGAGUAUUAUCGCAAUGGGUCACGAUCGCAACCGAUCGGAUCACUGCAUUACGAUUUGGGACACGGAGAGGGGUGUGCCCAAUCAAUCUUCCAUUCUCCAAUUGAUUGGUCUUUCGGAAACCGCACAUUCUAUUUGUUGGGAUCGAACCUUUCCACAGGUUAUGAUAGCUGGAAUGAGCCAUAAAUAUAUUAAAAUGAUGGACUUUAGGCAGAACUCGGCUGUUGUAACUGUGGCCAAUGCACGUACGGUAAACGGUUUGUGCAUUGCACCCAAUGGCCGUUAUUUGGCUAGCUAUGUAGAUAAUGUCAUCAAUUUGUGGGAUCUUCGCUCGCUGGAUAAAUCCAUCAGUCAGAUGCAGAUGCAGAAAAACAUUACCCAUUUGUCCUGGUGUCCGACAAGGUCUUCGGUAUUGACUGCUUUGCAGCGUGAUUCACCAUUGAUACAUUUAACGGAUUUGCAUUGGCCUGGUUCGGAAAUGGACGGCGGAGAACCACAUUCGAUAAAGCGCUUUGUUUCCCCAUUUCCAGCGCGAAGUGGCGGCCGAAUUCCAACGAUGGGCUACAUUUCAUGGCAUCCGUACGAUUUGGAACGAAUGUUAGCUCUUUCUGGAACGGGCCUCAUUCGCGACUACCAGGUACCGCAGCGAGUGGCUAUCUCCUGGGAUAACAAUAAUAAUUUGUUCGGUAACAACGGCAAUGAGUUGCGGCAGUUUUUGACACCCUCUCCACCGACAACUCCAUCUGAUUCUUUGAACCAGUGGGAUUGCGGAAUCGAUAGCUAUGAAGAGGAUAUAGCUGAUAUGAUUCAGAAGCGUGCAUUAAAUAAUUACGGAUUGAUGGCCGAGAUUCAGAGCAACGGUGAUCUGGCUAGUAAUGCUAAUUUGAAAGGAGUUUGGCGUCUUUUGGGACACAUGAUCAAAGAGGACUGUAAGCUUGGACUGAACACUAUCCUGGGUGUUUGUAGUGCUCCCGACGGUCCAGCGAUGUCCCGCUCAGAACCUGUCAUGAUGAAAUGGGUUGAUUUUAGCAUCGGUAGUGGUUUAGUUGUGUAUAGAAGCGAACAUCGAGAUACAGCACAGUUGCUUUGCGGUUGGACAUUCGAUCGGAAAAAGGAAAGCUCUUUCCAGGCGUUCAUUGAUGAAUUGUGUGCAAACAAGGAAUUUACGAGAGCAGCUUUGAUAGUUUGCUUCCACUUUAGAAUAAACAAAGCGAUUGAAAUACUCGGAAAAGGGGCAGAGCAAGUUACGGAUCCAAGUUCGUUACUGCGAGUCGCAGCUAUUGCACUGUCUGGAUUUAGUUCGGAACGUUCCGCUUUGUGGCGCAAGCAGUGCGGAGCAGCUAGGAUGCAAAUUGAUGAUCCCUAUCUGAGAUGUAUGUUUUCGUUUUUGGCUCAUGAACAAGACGGGUUUGAGAUUGUUACUAACGAAACGGAGAUAACGCUUGGCGAUCGAAUGGCUUUUGCCUGUAAUUUUUUGUCAGAUCUUAAAUUGGCAGAUUUCAUCAAAGGGAUGGUCGCCAAUUGCAUUGAAGUUGGCGAUUUGAAUGGCCUCUUACUUACCGGAGCAACGAAUGAUGGUAUCAAGUUACUGCAAAGUCAUCUAGAUCGAACGGAAGACGUACAAACUGUUGCUUUAAUUGCAUCCCGUUUCCUCACUUCGGAUCUUCUGACCGACUACCGUGUACAGUACUGGAUUUCUACGUACAGAGACCUUCUGGACAUAUGGGGCUUGUGGGAGCAACGCGCCGAAUUGGACAUUACUUUGGGUCGCAUUCGAUCACCACCGCAAAAUUCACGCUCCGUGUUUUUGUUGUGCAAUUUUUGCGGAAAAAAUGUCUCCAUGGCACUACAGGAGGAUGCCCGCCUUAGAACGAACGCCGCUGUAAUGCACAAACUGUCGUCCUGCCCGAAUUGCCGGAAACCGCUGCCGCGGUGCGCGCUCUGCCUGCUUCACAUGGGAACAACGAUGGGAGCCAUUUCGCAGAACCACGUUGCCCAGGGACAGAUCGGCUGGCAGUCGAAACCGUUCUCCAAGUGGUUCUCCUGGUGUCAGACCUGCCGGCAUGGCGGCCACACCGAACAUCUGGCCGAGUGGUUCAACCAAAACACCGAGUGCCCAGUGACAUCGUGCCACUGCAAAUGCUACGCCAAAGAUCUUCCGAUGCCACAGUUUCCUCGCGAAAAAGACAGUCUCUCCUGAUACCAGCUAUCAACAUCAUUCUAAGCUUGGACUAGCUUGGAAAUCUGACUGUUGCGUUAGUUGGUUUGACGUGUAUUAAUGAUUAAUCAUUUUUGUGUAUAAACGUUAAAGGUUUUGGUUGUUUUUCGUUUUGUUAGUUAGCUCACCGUUAGAUUGCUAUACUUUUAUGUGUGUAAGCAGUACACGUGCUCACGUUACGUCGACAUCUACAUCGUAAAGUUUUUGUGAAU